UAUUUAUCCUCAAGAAGCCUAAUUCUGUUUAUGUCACCGUAUUUUCUUUUUAAUGCUCUCAAGGAAAUAUGGAGAUAUCAAUGUUAAUGAUUUAGCUGCCCAAGCUUGCUUGCCUAUUAUUGACGGCAUAAUCAAUGCGAUCAAGAACAAAACUAACCCAAAAAAAUGCUUUCUGAAUAUCGAUUUGCCCACUGAUAUUGCUAACCAUAAGGGAUACAAAUUAACCACACAAGGCAAAAGCUUGACUAAAAUGGGAUGGAUACAAGUGGAGAAGGAAGCACAACGGGUGAAGAUGUUGUCUACAAUGUCAAUGGAAACAGAUUCAGGAGUAAUCUCAGACAACAACACAACAUCUGCUCAUCAUCAUUCACAAGAUAGCCGUUUGUUCAAGAGAGAUGUAUCAUCGCUAAGGAAUAUGGUGGUUGAAGAAGGGACUGAUCUUCACUUCUUACAAGAAGGAUUUAUUACAGUGACGCCGAUAGGAGCUCUUUCUCAGGUUGAUGUGGAUUGUCAAAACUACUACAAAGAGUGGCUUCCCAAGAUUACAAACCAGCCAUAAUCUCCAUCCUUGUGAUGCCUCCAAAUGAGAAAAACAAAAGUUUUUUAUUGUGGACCACAAUUUGUGGUGGACCUAUUAUUAUGUCAGUAGUAGUUGUUUAAUUUCUCCAUGCUCUUGUGCUUAUUAUGCUGUGAGCAGCAAAAUAAUAGCACCCAGUUUCAUUUUAUUUCUGUU